AUGCGGUUCGGGCAAAAGGAAGGAGAUAGAAGGGACUGGUUCGACCACGAGCUACGCCGAACACAGAACACACUCCCUGUGCUUGGCAGUUACCACGUUCGUCAGUUCUCACAGAGCGGAACAUUGACUAGUAGUACCCCUAGGAUAGCCAGCAGCACCGCUAACUUGGCCGAACGCAGAGCAAAUCCUCUACACCUACCCGGCGGAACAUUGACUAGCAGCACCGCCGGGAGGGCCUGCAGACUAGGCUAUAGAGCGGAGCAGGACAACCCGAGGCAGAAUCCUCGGUUUUCUUCCGCAUAG